AUGUCUGCUACAGAUCCGGAUUUUAUGGCGGUCGUUCCACCAAAGACGUGGGUUAGACUCAACAAUCCUGCUAUACAAAACUUUAUCACUGGGCUUGUUAUUGCCUGCUCAGCUGGUAUUUACCUUGCCCUCACUGGUCUUGGCGCCGGUGGCGGCAAACCCAGCUCACAGUAUCUUGCGUCGACAUCAAACUCGAUCCUGUACGCCCUGUUUGCAGUCUCAGGAUGGGUCUCAGCUGGGUUUCUGAAUGCCUUCGGGCCUAAAAUUACAAUGGCUAUCGGUGUUCUUGGAUAUCCUUUAUAUGCUGCAGGAUUGUGGUAUUUUGAUGUUUCCGGAAAUGAGUGGUUUGCUCUUUUCGGUGCCGUCAUGAACGGUAUUGGAGCCGGCCUCUUGUUUACAGGUGCCGGGUUCGUUCAAUUCGCAUACGCCGAGGAGAAGGAGAAGGGCAUGUACAUUUUCUGGCAACACACUAUGCUCAGUGGCGGAGCCAUUGUUGGAGCCAUUGUUACAUUUGCUAUCAAUUUCCACAGGGCGAAGCCGAGUGUUCCAACCUCAGUAUAUGCAAUCUUCGUUGCAAUCAUGACUUCUGCCAGUCUUCUUGCAUUGGCAUUUAUCAUCUCGCCAAAGAAAAUCAUUCGCCAUGAUGGUACACACCUUGCGGAAUUCAAGAAAACUACUGUGAAGGAGGAGCUUGUAGGCAUGUGGCGAGCAGCAUCAACGCCCAAAGUCUUCCUCAUGCUGUUCCCAAUGUUUGUUUCUGAGUUCGCUCUUGGGAUCCAAACGAGUUUCAAUGGCAUGGCAACCUUCGGAUAUUACUUCUCUCUCCGCACUCGAGCUCUGAAUACAAUUCUAUACAACGUUCUCCAGAUCAUUCUUCCCGCCAUCCUUGCAGCGCUCCUAGAUGCACAAUGGAUCGGCAUUCGCAAAGUUCGCGGAAUUAUUGGCGUUAUCUUCACUGCUGCCACGACGAUCUCUCUCGCGACCGCCGAGCUCAUUUAUUUUAAGCAAAAGGUAGAUCGGACGAAACCCGGGCCAUCUAUGGACUGGUCGGAUCCAGGGUAUGCAAACAUCAUGAUUCUCCAUCUGCUCUGGGGUGGCUGCUUCUGCUGCUGGACUUUCAUGGUGCAGUGGAUCAUGGGUUCAAUGUCGAACAAGCCAGAGGUCCUCUCCCGAUACGCUGGACUAUUUAAAGGCACCUCAGCUCUCGGUGUUUGCGUCGCCUUUGCAAUUGACGCUAGGAAGCCACAGUAUUGGGUUGAAAUGGCUAUUCAUUUCGCUCUCUAUAUGGUCGCAAUUUUCAUCAUGUUCUACGUAGUCUGGUUUUCUAUUACAGAUACAGACUAUCUAAAGGAGGACGGGGUUAUUGUGCCUACGAAGGUGGCUGAAGAGCUCAUUGGCCCGGACGGAGUCUCUUUGGAUACAAAUAAGAGCUAUCAGACUGAGUUCGUUGAAGAGAGGAAGUAAACGUAUUUACGAGCAAAAUUAAUAAUUUUGGUGCCUCGUUUCGUAUAGUUUCAG